AUAUUAUAAAGGUCUAGACAAGAGAGGGGGACUUUUACUUGGUUGAAGAUUUAGGGUUCGUGUCCAUGUGCAGCAUGAGAGAGCUGGUGAUAUUAGCAGCUUUGGUCUCGGCUCUACACGCGGCCAGCCUCCCGACAGACACUGAUGUGGUACAUAAAUGCCAAGAAGAUCAGGACAACAUUGCUACAUUAGAAGCUGAGAGCUUCAUUAAUGACCAUCACCACCAUGGAUACAAAUUCAAAUUUGUCUCACUGGACAGUCGCAGUGCAGAGGAGAAGACAGAUCCUUGUGAGGUCAUCUUGGGAAUAACUCUAGAGGAAACUGAAUGCCACAUUGUGAAUCCCAAACCUUUAGAUCAGUGUACCACUAGAAAGGAAUCAGAGACGAAAGUGACAGCAAAAUGUAACGUGACCAUCUCCAGUGUUGAGGGAAAAGCAGCUGUAAAGCGCUACACCUGUGAGACCGAACCAGCUUCACAUGAAAUACUUGUGACAAAAUGCCCUGACUGCCCCAGUCUACUGCCCUUGCAUGACCUGAGGGCUCUGGAGAGUGUGAAAACUGCCCUGCAGAAAUUCAACAAAGAAUCGAAUCACAAGUCUUACUUUAAACUGAUGGAAGUGGGAAGGAUCAGCACACAGAAAGUUUGCUUUGGGAAGCUGCUUCAAACUUGAAAUGAACUCCAAACAAGCUUCAUUAUUCCACUUGAAUGCUGAAUUUACUGACUCAGACAACUCAAGGAAAAGGCAGAGACACACCAAACUGAUGUCAAAAAACUAGCGGUGACAAAAGCCGACUGACUGUGUUUUUGCCUCAAGACAAAAAGUAUCUCAGACAAAAAGUUGAGCUUGAACUCACCGCAAAAACUACAGCCAACAGACAACUAGCAUGUAUGUUCUGUGCCUGCAUGAGAGGAAAUAACUCUCCAAACCAGCAGGUGGCAGUAACCUGUAUUUCCCAUUCAAUAAGGGGAACCAGAAGAGCUAGGGCUGUGCUUGCUUACCAUUUUCACACCAAUCUUGCUCACCACAGAUGGAUUCAAUAACAAUAAUCACAGAUGAAGAUAAAAAAUGAGAAGAGCCUUAUGUAUAGUUCAGCUAUGAAACUCUACUUGCAUUCUAAUUUGUUCAUUUAAUUCAAUGUUCCCAGCCAGUCAUAUACACAUACUCAUUACUGUUUACCUAUAUAACCAGGUUGUAUUUAAUUAAUGCUAUGUCUGCACGCUAUGCGUGUCUUCAUCUUAGCCCACCGCCUCCCCAGCACCACCUGUCUAGAUCUGCUAUGGGG